CACACGGUGGCGAGGGAGCUGGCUGUACUGAGGCCGGCCGCGUUGGCUGCUGAGUGAGUCGUCGCACUGCGCCGCCACCUCUUGGAGUGCGUCAGAAGCGCAGUGCACGAGUAGUACGGGGUGUAGAGUUCUGUGUUCCCGUCAAAGGCGAAAGCACGUGCUUCAACCUCUCCAAAUUUUUCCUAAUGCCAAAAUCCCGAAGCUGACGCCGACUUUGCCAAAAUAAGCCGGUGACAAAUGUAUUCAGUGGAGAUGAACAACUUUAUCGACUGUAGAAAUAUGGAGCAUGUCUAUUUCGACCUACUAUCAGGACCCCUUCUAGAAGAUGAUGAUAAGGAUAUGAUUGAGGCAGACUUGCCAUUUGAACUCCCAGACUUAUCUGAUGAUUUUGGAUCUGAAGAUUCGUGCUGGGUGCAGCAGAGUCCCAUUUGGGGCAAAAAUGUGCCUGAUAAUAAUUCAGUAGAGGAAGAGGAUGAAAGAAACAUAAACUGGGUAAGUGAUGUGCCUGGUUGGAUCAAAGAAGUGCCAAAGAUACUAGAGUCUUCGGAGGAAGAUGAGGUGGAUGUUGUGUCUGUUGACGACGACACAAAGUCUUUUCGAAGUGCGGAGCCCAGCACACCUGUCAAGCCGAACACUCAACCAUUGCCAGACAAGAGCCCUAAGAAUGCAACAGAAGGAGCACUUGUUGUUUCCACUUCCCUGCUGGACCGUAUGAAAGCAGCCACUGUGAAAAAGCGGAGCCCCAUCUUAAUCCAGCCUCCUGAACGAGGCCGCCCAUCAAAGAAUGAUGCAGCUACCAACACCACACCAUGUCCUGCCGCUACUCCUGACCAUGAUUAUUGCACAGUGGCCAAGGGGGGCUCCAGGGCUGAAAACAAUGCAGGAAAACAAAAUCGUGCUGUGGUGCAACCUGUGUCCAGAUCACCGUCUGUAUCUAGGAGCUACCGCCUACAGAAAUCCAGAGUGUCAAGACGGCCUUCACGAUCGCCUAGGCGGCGGCGGCGUUCUCGUUCCAGUUCCAUUUCUUCUGGAAGUUCUUGUGAAUCGUCCGAUGAUUCAGUGCGGCGGCGCUCUAAGUCAUCUCGCCGUUCUCGUGACUGCCAUACUACCUGGCCAUCACAGCACUGCCAGAAGACUCCACGAAGGUUCAUGCCUACCCCACCGCGUCGACGAAUUCCAGAUCACAAGGAAGAGAGACGUGUGAUAUAUGUUGGAAACAUCCCAGAAGGGACUACUCGACUUGCACUGCGAGAAAGAUUUGCUCGAUUUGGUCACAUAGAGGAAGUCAGUGUGCACUUCCGAGACCAUGGGGAUAACUACGGGUUUGUAACAUUUCUGCGAGGCUCUGAUGCUUAUGAGGCUGUUGAACACGGCAACGAUGAUCCCAAGCUUCCUCGCUUUGACCUCUGCUUUGGUGGGCGCCGACAGUUCUGUCGAACCAACUGGGCCGACCUAGACUCACAGUACGAGAGGUAUUACUACAUUCAGCGAGAGCCACACCAUAGCAACCUCGACUUCGACAGCUUGCUGCAAGCAGCAAAGUCCAAAGUUCAAGGUUCCCAACGCUACUGACAUCUGUGGACCUUAUGGUGUUUUUCUUUUAAUGGCACCAUACCCUUAGAGGUUUGGUUUGUGCCUGGACUGCUAUUAACUUAUUCUUCGGACGUGAGGUGCUAUAUAGGAAUGAUAUUUAAUGUGUACAGAAUCCUAAGUGGGCUAGGAAAGUGUAGAUAUGUGCAAGGUUCCAUUUUAAUUAUUUGUGAUCUUCGUAUAUUGAAUUGUGCUGAAGAUGAUGGUCAAGCUUGGAAAUCCUUUCAUAUCCUUGCUAGUUACUAUUUCUAUGCUUUGUUAUUUCAUGCAACACAUGUUUCCUUCUUGUUUAGCGCUGUAGCAUAUUUGUGGCCAUCGUUGAGAGAUUGGAGUGUUAUGUUUUACAACUUGUGUAAAGUGCAGUGUUUUUGCUUACUUGUGUUUUAUUGUUUCACCGUGCAAACAUGGAACAUUGUACCUUUACAAUGUGGGGCAGGCUUAAGUGGGCAGUUUUUUGUUCAUGUACAUAUCCAUGUAUUAUAACGCGAAUGACUGAUUUUAUGUUAAAACCUUUUAGCAUGCAGGAUGACUGUGUUUUAGCUAGUAGAUAUUCGUUUUAUUUGAACAUUUAUGUACACCUCUGCAUGUCCCUUCGUGUUCAACACGAGCUGUUUAAAUUGGUUUUGAUAAUUAACCAUUCAACAUCUGCUCAGGUAAACUCUGGCGAUUUUUCAUGUUCACUGGAUUUCGGUGAAGUUCAAAAAGUACAGUACCCUGCACACUUCCCUCAUUUUGUUUGAAACAGGCAUGAGAGUUGCACAGAUUUUUACAAAUGACUUUUAUCAAUCGCAUUGAACAACACCCUUGAUUUCUCCGUGUUAAUGGCUGCGCUUUGCUGUGAUACAUGGUGAACUCUCUUCAACUCAUUGCUGUUCUAAGCUGUCGCCUCCAUUUUUGCCAUUCAGGUCGGAAAAUAUUUUGCCACUGCAAAAUAUUUGUGCUGCAGGAAAAAAAUAACUUUGCAAUGUAAGCACGGAUGAUAUCUUUGCUUUUUAAGCCCAAGUCGGUCAUUGAUAUUUGGGCAACGUGUGUAAGAGCUCAAAACACUCUCCUGGAUGCAGGGUUGGAUUUUGGUCUGCAAGUUUGACAGACGAGCGCUUUUUUUUUCUUUGCUGCUUUGGUUGGGGGGCUUGUCAAUAAAGUGAGGCUUCUCAUCCAGCCUAUCUUCACAAUCCAAGCAUGCAAGUGGGCGAGCAGUCUCGUCCACCAGCCGCUUGAUCAGAUUCCUACUGUAUGUACUGCAGGUGUUGCUGCUCUUUAUGUCCCUGCUUCAGCUGUUGCAUUUAUAGCUCAAAAAGGCAAAGUCUCUUGAUUAAUCCAUGUAGGUUCUCCUGUUCAUAGCAUAUGGUCGCAUGUUGUUGCUUUGUGUGUCACCAGAGAUGCUGUCUUCACCAUCAUCAUAAUCUUUGUGACUUUAGUGGAAUCACCAUCUCUGUCAUGCCGUGUUGGAAUUACUGUGCCAAGACCUGCUGCCUCAAAAUUUUCUUUUUUUUCCUUCUCUAAUUGCUUCAUAUCUGCCCUAAAAACACCACCAGUGAAAAAAAAGCAAGUGAAGGCAACUUAUCCUGUUAACAAUGAGGAAGUGGUGUUUAGCAUUGCCGAUAUUUAAUUUGCUGUAUAGGGAACUACGAGCACGAAGACAUUUACCUGCAGCCAUUUUCUAGAUUCUAAGACCAGAAGUUUACUGGUUCGAAAGUGGUCUCUACAACUGUAAGCCCGCACAGUGGCUGAAAUGUCAUCUAAACUGAACAAUCGCAAGUUUUUUAGUGUGUUUUUUGUCUCUAGUGGCAACAGUACACAUACUGUCAUAAUUUCAAAUAACUCAGUAUUGUGUCUGCUUCGAAGUUUAUGAGGGAAUUGACUGUGUGCAUACACUAGCAUGUUGGGAAUGAAUAACAGCCGGCAGCAUCGAAGAGUCUACAUUCGUGAUCAAUGCAGUGUGUUGCUAAGAAUGGUGUUUGACAACCACCUGUUUGUAGCUGGAAGCCACAAGGAAACUCAUACAUACAAAUUCUUUAGAAGUAUAGCUUCUUAGUUGCUAAAGAAUUGUCAUAGGUUACGGAUAAACUUUGGGCGCGUCUUUCUGGUAGCUCUACCAAUCGAGCUAAUUAGAGAGCUUGCAGUUAGCAGUGUUGAGGCAGAGUAAUCAAGAACGCAAAGUACAUACGUAGAUUUCUGUAGAAAUUUAGCUCAAUUGUAGCUUGUAUUAUGAUUUUUAAGGGACACUAUAAGGAAAUAACAAAUUAUGUUAAGGUGAAAGAUCUGUGUUUGAGAAUGUCUAAUAUGUCAAUAUUAUCAACAGCAGUUCUCUACUAAUCAAGAAAUUCAGGUAAAUAUACGACAUUAUAUGCGCCACGAGUGCGACAGUUUGAAAUGAUCCCAAUGACGUCAAGAGUCCCGUGAUUAAACAGGUUGCAAUAAAAAUAAAAGCACAUUUCGUGCAUUACAAUAAGUAAUACAAUUCCGCUCGUUGAUUCAUGAAAAGAAAGGACUGCUUGGUCUUACCAUGGAGAACACCACGAGUAGUUCAAAAGUUCUGUUUACACAAAACUGCACUUCACUCAUGCACCUCAGUGGUUAUCGCAUACUGCUGAGUGCUUUUCGCGAUUGUGAAAAUCACUGACUGAAAUUUCAACAAAAUACUACAGUCAUGCGAUGUUUCUGGAUGCCCGAACGGUGUAGUUGAUUGUGCUGUGCUUAAGAAACAGACGUGACUUUCUACAGGGUGCUGCAAAACAAACCCCUACGCUGGAACCGGCUUAGUACCAUGCCUCUGUGCCAGUAUACAAAAUGGUAAAAAAAAAAAAAACUGCGUGUGUGCUUGCCACACCCACAACUUGGGCAACGCUCGCAAUGUGCCCUUCCAACCAGUGCUACACUGCUACUAGUGUUGGUGGUCAUGCAGUGAAGGCUGGCAACAUUAGGCAUUCAGGGGGCGAUUUGAAGUUCUGUGUGGACCACAAGUAAUCUUAUUUCAUAAUAAGCAUUUUUUGGCAUAAAAGUAGUGCUAUGUGGUUUCUGGGUCAUUUCAAUAACCAACAUUGACUUAAUAUUUGCCUUUAGUGUACCUUUAAGCAAAUCAUGACCAUUCGCUGUAUGUGUUGACACGAACAAAUGUGCGGGUUGGCCUGAACUGUCGCUAUUCAGGGUAAAUUUUGCAAUGGGUAACAAAGUAAAAAACUGCAUAACACAGGACAGCGACAGAGACAAAAUGCUGAUGUCAGUCACUGUCCUGUGUUACGCGCUAUUUUUUCACUUCGUUGAUCAUGUACCAACCGGCCCAAAUAAGGACUUUAUUGCAAUGGGUAGAAAGCAGCACUGAGAGAUGUUACUGUGAGUAUACCGUGGUUAGGGUUAUUCUUGGUCUUCAUUUAAAACGUGAUGUUUUGCGUUGGCUUACUGGUGUUCUCAGCACCUGGCUUACACUGCAGCAGAUUGAAUGCUAGUGGCAGUUAUUGCCUCUUGAAUUAUCGAAAUCACUGCUACUACAUUGCUCAAACAGUUGCAUACACAUGGUCCCCUUAUUUGUCAUAUGCACAAAUAGCCUAAGCAUCUGCUAGCUCUUCACAUCGGCCGCGUCACAUUUGUUCUUCAUAAUGGUGGAACUGGCAUGCCUGACCAGUUUUUAAACUCGCAAAUGUGUCACACAAAUGGAGUAUUGCUCAUUAAGGUGUUGGUUUCAUUUAUCUUGCUUCUCUUGAGUAUUUUACAUUACUUUGGGACUGAGCAUUUCCACACAUGGCGGGAGCAUCGCAGGAAUUAUGGUGACGUGAAAAAAUCGCUAGAGUUACUUUUGGUAGGGUAGCUGUGGUAAUAUUUUCAGUUUAGUCAUUGCAUCUUGAAAUUUUUGUUCCAUGCAGUGCAUAAACAUUUAAAACUCAAUGUGGUUGAAAUUGUUUCAAUAUGUUGCUUGUAGCACUGAUGUUGCCAUUGCAGUGUACUCUCUGGGCUUCGUCUUGUUCUAGUUUUAAUUAGUUGUUUUCUCCUUAGUUGUAGAAUAUAUUGUCAAUCCUCGACAUAUCGUAUUCAUUAUGCAACAAGUUUCAUUAUCUGUUCUACAGACAGCCAUGCUUUUUGCUUGUGUAUGUGUGAUUAACCUUCUGCAAUUCCGAUUUAAUGAAAUUUUUAUACAUCUGUGUGCACUGGGUCAGUCUGUGACAACGAAAGAUGGGUAGACAUCAUGUGAGCCGGAAUAAAUUUUUUGCGGUUCUUGCGCACGGGAACAUUUGCCUGCGAACAUCAAUAAACACCACCAGGCGAAUAGAACGGAACACAUCUAUGCUAUGAAUGGAACACAUCUCUGCAUUAAACCUUCGAGGUGCAAAAUUUUCUCACAAAGUGUAUCCCCAGUGACAAUAUAUUUUUAUUUCAUAUUUAUAUCUUGAGAGUGACCUUUUUUCUAAUACUUUCACAAAUAUUUUUAGUGGCUAUAAUCCAACAUAAGUGUUUUCCUUGGGUAUGGAUACAUUGUUUAUUAAUGAAUAAAAAUAAAGAAACUUUAUUGUUUACACAGAAUGUAUGCUACUAGAAUAAAUCUUUCACAGGCACAGGAAAUGUGGAUAUCAGGGAAAAAAAUGUGCUGACGUGGUAGCAUUAUCCAUAUAUGCUGGUGUCAUUUCUAUACAACAGCAUCUGCAGGAAAACAGUUAAAACUGCACCCCUUUGGCCACCAGCAAAUGAGCUAGUAUCAAACGGUUACCCUUUGAGAGGUUAGAAGUCAGAUAGACAUCAGUUUUUAUAAGUGCAACAAUUAGAAACUACCUUCAAGACAAAAAAAAUCGCAGCAUAUCCACGAAAUGAAUGAUGGUGAGUGGGUAAAGCUCCCGAGUUCGUUAACCCCCUAUGUUCUUUCACAACUAAGUGCACUUCAUGACCAUAAGAGAGAGAGAAAGCCGGAAGCCAGCGCGUUCUAUAGCUUUUGGGCCACUGCAGCGAAAGAAACGGCAUGCCACGCUCGCGGCUGGCGCUCCCAGUGCGUACAAGCCAGGACAAUGGACAUAGUGUGUCACGCCGACGAAGAGAUAAGGCUCGACCCUAAGGAGCUUCGCCCUUAAAAUGAGCUUACUGCUGUGCACAUGUAAAUGUUCGUGCGACGGUCAACGUACCAGCUUAAGCGAGCCUUGGAGUGCAAACAAUCUGCAGCAACGAAAGCGGUGCAGCAUUGUGUGCAUACUAGACAUACCACACCUGUUCAUGGCCAGGAGUGAUGCAGGCAUGACAAAAACGUGUCCCUUUCUUUCUCUUGCAGAUAUGUGUAUGGUGCUGCAAGUUUAUUAUGAACGAGCGUGAUAAGCAAUGACGAUGUCAUCAGUUGGUUGGUUGGUUGCAAAACUUUAUUGAGGUCCUGCUAGGCGCGCGCAGCGGGCGACUCCCCCGUCGGGACCGUUAGGUCAUCAGUGACACCACAUUAUUUGUCAUGUCAUAAAAUUAGGUGUGAUAUGUAGCAUCAUGACUUUUUGCAUCACUAGUGUUGAUGCCAAGGGUCCCUUCUCACAUUCGAUAAGACAUCUGAGGCCUGUGUCUUGAUGAAGUGGCGCCUGAUUUCGCUCAGUGGCAGAUCUCUGUAAAUAUGCUGCCAUGCAUAUGGGAAAGGUGGGUGAAUCAUCUGGUCUACUGGCAUGUUUGCUUUAAUAGUUUAAAAGCACUCCUUAGUAUUGCCACUGUGCCUUAUCCUACAAUUGUACAACUGGCUUGCUGUGUGUCCCAUGGGAAGCAGUCUCUACUCUUUGAAAUGCAACCCUUCAGUGCACUUACUGAUGAGAUGUACAUCAAAAUUGUUUGGGUAAUUUGAGAAUAUAUUUGCUGUUUAAACAUAGGAACCUUGACUUCAUGAAAUUUGUGAUAUAGUGGUUAUGCUGCAAGUAUGACUUCGUUAUAUCGAGGUGGAAAUUUCAUGUGCGUUACCAAACUUGCGAACCCACUGGUCUUAGGUUUGAUUCCUGGGCCAAGACAAACUUUUCUUUACUGUGAAGCUUUGUUUUUUGAAAACUUCUAGGGAUUUUGUUUGCUUUGAGCUGAUAACAGUUGUCUUUUGAAAUUCUCUCACGUGAUGGUCUUUUUCUAUAUGUGGUUACAAAGAAUAACUAGAGUUGCCCUUCGAUGUUUGCAGAGUUCAUUUGGAUUAACCCAUGUGUCGGUGUGAAAAGCAAACCUUGCUAUUUUAGCGUAUAAAACAUCUUGCUACUUGGGCUGCUGUGUGAGCUGCUAACACUUAGUGCCAUUUUCAUCUGGUUUGCUUGGGCAACUGCUUAUGCCGCCUGUUAAAGUAAAUUUGCAACAUAUGUUAUAGUCACUGUUUAAGCAAUAAAUUACUUUAUAUACCUCGC